AUGCCGAGGAGGUUGGAUACUCCUGCUGAGAAGGGCCUUAUGGUGGUCUGUUGGAGUCGGCAUAAGCUGAAGAACUUCUUCUUCUUCCUCAUCCAAUCCGAGUAUGGAGAUCUCUAUAAGGUUACUCUUUCCCAUAAGGAAGGAGUCGUAUCGGAAAUACAGUGCAGUUACUUCGACUCGAUCCCAGUUGCCAUCUCGAUCUGUGUGCUCAAGACCGGCUUCCUCUUUGCCGCUUCGGAGUUCGGCAAUCACGCCCUUUAUCAGUUCGCCAGCUUGGGCGAUGUUACCCCGGCGUUGGUGACAUCGUCUCAUCCUAAUAGGGAGAAUGCGGUGGUGGCGUUCAAGCCGAGAACGUUGAAGAAUUUGACGCCUUUCGAUGAGCUCAGCAGUCUGGCCCCUAUCACGGAUAUGAAGGUCAUGGACUGCUUCAGCACGCAGACGCAAGUGCUGCAAGCUGACGGCAGUGGUAUGCAGCAGACGGUGACCACUGGGAUGUCCGUGGGGUGUCAAAUUUACGCCCUGUCGGGUCGGGGGCCACGUUCAGCGUUGAGGAUCCUGAGGCAUGGUCUGACCCUCGGGGAGGCGGGGGCCUCAGAACUGCCUGGCCAGCCUAAUGCACUGUUCACGAUUAAACCCUUUGGGGCUAGCUAUGCACCGGUGGCAGAGGGAGAGGUGGAGUCUGACCGCUACAUCGUCGUGUCGUUCGUGGACCAGACGCUGACCUUAUUGGUGACUUCUGAUAACAUUCAUGAGGUUACUGACUCGGGGUUUGCUAAGGAGCAGCCGACCCUCUUCGCGAUGAGGAUGCAGGAUAAGAGCGCUAUCCAG